AUGGCUGAAAGUGUUGUUGCUCAGAAAGUGGAGCAGCUCCAGGUGAACGGAGCCAAAGAGGAGGAUGAGGAUUUGGUGACGCCGUGGGAGGUGACGACCACCAAAGCCACCGGAAUUGAUUAUGAUAAGCUGAUUGUGAAAUUCGGGUGCCGUAAGCUCGACGACGACAUCAUCGCCCGUUUCGAGCGUAUCACUGGCCACAAAGCGAUUCCGAUGCUCCGACGUGGCAUGUUCUUCGCCCAUCGCGAUUUCUCGGCGAUUCUGGACCGAAAGGAGCAAGGAAAGCCGUUCUAUCUGUACACGGGACGUGGCGCCUCAUCUGGAUCCCUCCAUUUGGGUCACCUGGUCCCAUUCAUCUUCACAAAAUGGCUCCAGGAGGUGUUCGACGUCCCGCUUAUCAUUCAGAUGACCGACGAUGAGAAGUUCUUGUGGAAGGAUAUGAAGAAGAACGACAUUCCGUGCCUCAUUCCCUGUGCUAUCGAUCAGGAUCCGUAUUUCCGAAUGUGUCGUGACGUGGCACCGCGUCUGAAGGCCUCCAAACCGUCGUUGAUCUUCUCGACGUUCCUGCCAGCGCUGCAGGGAGCGCAGACGAAGAUGAGCGCGUCGGAGCCGAAUACGUGCAUCUUUUUGGAUGAUACGGCGAAGCAGAUUAAGAAUAAGAUCAACAAGUACGCGUUCUCCGGCGGCCAACAAACUCUCGAGGAGCACCGUGCGAAGGGCGGCAACUGUGACGUGGAUAUCAGUUAUCAGUUCCUUCGAUUCUUCCUGGACGAUGAUGAGAAGCUGGAGGAGAUUCGCGUCAAAUACACUAAAGGAGAACUUCUGUCCGGAGAGCUGAAGGCGUUGGCAAUCGAAGAGGUCCAGAAGAUUGUCGGAGUGAUGGCCGAGAGACGGAAGACUGUGACCGAUGCGACCGUUGAUGAAUUCACCAAGAUUCGCCCGUUGGCUUUUGAGUAUUAG